GAAGCAAUACAGUUUAAGUUAGUCCCAGUCAUCAACAUGCAACUGCAACUAAUUGCGCUGAUAUGCAGCGCUUUGCUGGCUUUGACCCAAGCCCAAAACUAUCCACAGCGUUUGAAUAUACCUGGAGCUUUGUCCUCUCCAGUGCCACAUCGCCAGCAAGUAUUGCGAGUGCGUCGGCCAGGACCAGCGCUGCGGCAACAGCAGCAUCUAAACACAGUGAUACCCGCUGUUACACCACGCAUUGCCAUCGAAGAGCCACGACCUGUGACCGAGGCAGAGGAGGAUGAGCAGCCGGAGCCGUAUUUGCCGAAUCUUUUGCGGGAACAGCAACUGGCCCAGGCGCAGCAAACACAAUUCCAGCAGGCGGCCGCUGCCUUCUUGGGUGGACAAUCGCCUAGUCUUGAGCAAGCCACACCAGUCCAUCAGUUGCUGCAGCAACAUGAGGAUAGUCAGCCAACGGCCAUUUUGCCAGCUCCUCCUCGUUUUAAUGAUCGUCCUGCCGUUCAGCGUCCAAAUGGUUUCAAUGAUUUUGGCAUUGGUCGCUUCGAGAACACACAACGAUUUGGUCUAGAGCGUCCAACACCAACAGCUCCUCCACCACCACCGCCGCCAUCUGCACCAGUGCAACCACAUCGGAUUUCCGUCAUUCGGACACGUCCGUCAGCCGCUAUCCGCCCCGAAGCACCAGCCCCAUUGCCAGUGGCUCGACCACGCCCCAAGCCAGUUCAGCCGCGCCCAAUUAUCGAUCAAAACCAAUUGCAGGAGGAGCGCACAGAUCAGCAGCAGCGACGCCAACGACCUGUGGCCCAGACGCUGCGCAAGUGGCGCGAAGAAAACGAAGAUGGCAGCAUCACCUGGGGCUAUGAGAAUGAUGAUGGAUCUUUCAAGGAGGAACUUAUUGGCACCGAUUGCAUAACCAAGGGCACAUACGGUUACGUUGAUCCAGAUGGCAAUAAACGUGAAUAUAAUUAUGAGACGGGCAUCAAAUGUGAUCCAAAUGCCCGUGAUACAGAUGAGGAGUUGCAGGAGAAUGGCUUUAUCAACUAUGAAGAGAAUCGUGCCGUUUUGCCCAAUGGUCUGGAGAUUGAUAUGACGCAGUUGGGAAAAAAGAAGUCCAAGCGACCAAUCUACAAAAACUAA